AUGCUUCCUUCACCAACUCUUCAAGUGAAACGCAAGCGUGAAGAGAACUCUCACCCGAGCAGCAAUGAUCAUCAAGAAGAAGGGCAUUCCGAAGAACCAGCUCAUCUUCUCAUGAGAGAACAACUCGAACGAUUCCGAAUUGAAAAGUUAAUGAAAUUAAAAACAGAAAAGGAGCGUUAUGAAGCAAGAAAGAAGGAGCUUGAAAUUUUGGAAAAGUUCAUGUACAGCAGCAGUAGUGGUAGUAAUGAUGAUGAAACUCGACCACAGGAAGUCUCACAUGAGAAGCAACAACAGGAUCAUGAGCCACAAGAUCAAACCAUUGAUCCAAUAUUAGAUGAUAUUCUGUCUUCGCAGAAAAAUUUAGUUCACAUUCACGUGGGUGGAAAGAAUUUUGUGACCACCCUUCAAACGCUCACAAAGAGAGAAAAUAUGAUCAAAGUCAUGUUGAAUUCAGAUUUUAAAAUUGACAAGGAUGAAAAUGGUGCAAUUCUUUUCAAAGAUCGAAAUCCUGAUUACUUUCCUCACAUCUUGGAACACUUGCGUACAGGCUCAACAACACAUAUUGGUUUGUGGGAAGAACAUGGUGCUGAAUCGAUCCAACAUUUGAAAAAUUUACUGGAAGAAUCUGAUUUCUUUGGAACAACAAAAUUGAGCGAAAGAAUUUGCCAACUGCUCACAGAAUUUGGAGAACAGCCAGAAGGAAUGCAAGAGGACGAUGACGACGAUGUUCAAGAGGUAACCAUGCCUACAGUUUUCAACGACACGAUGGUUAGUGAAAAUCAGCAUUUAGCAGACGAUGAAUGGAUUUCAAAAUUCAACCAAUUGACCGUUCAAGAAAAGUCUCGAGUUGAAAAGUAUUUCAAUGAACAUGAAUCGCUCUUAGAGCAAGAAAAGCAAAUAGUUUUAGAAAAAGAGAGCAACUUACAACCUACCUUUAUUACUUUCAAUGUAAGAGGUGUCAAGUUUUCAAUCAACAUUGAAAAACUUGUGAAACAUUCAGAAAGUAUUUUCAUUGACAUGCUUCGCAAAAUGGACAAGACUUCCUCCAUCUUUCUCGACCGUGAUCCUGACGUGUAUGGAGUCAUAUUUAAUUAUUUAGAAUCUGGAAACACCUCAUGCAUUCCCAAAGAGCUUCCUAAACAGAAACAAAUAUAUAAGGAGGCAAAGGAACUCAGAUUAAGAGAAUUGACUGAAUAUUUUGACCCAUUUCGAUAUCCUAUUGAGCUACUUGGAGAAAAGCUUAUUAAGAUGAAGCAAGAAGAGGAUUUACUACGAAAUUUAUAUGUUGUAGAUAGAGACAACAGCAUGCUUGAUGAUCCAUAUUUACAUCUAGUUAGCGUUUUUGGAACUGAUCAUCAACUUCGAGAUUUUUCCAGAUAUGAUCCUCCCAAAGGAAUUGGUUUACUCUUUGACUUUGAGGAUCCAAACGAAGCAAGUGCUUUUUCAAGCAAGAAAAACUCAAUUCCUUCAGUACCUAAAUUGUGUGAAUCACGACAAGAUUUCUUUCGACAAUUUAAUGCCUUCACCUAUGGCUUGUUCAAAGAUAUGGAUUGGAAUAAUUGUUUUGUUGCAGGCGGAAGUGUAUUGGCAGCAGCACUCCAAGUUGAGCAAAUCAAGUUGCGUGAUCAUUUCAAGAAUCCCACACAUUCCAAUACAGAUCUAGAUGAACCCAACGAAAACUUGCUUUACAAUUGGGACAAUGACGAUGGUGAUGUUGUUAUCGAGCAUGAGCAUAGCAAAGAUGAAAAAGUGUUGAAUAGUGAUGAUGAAUAUGUUACUGAUUCAGAGGGAGAAAGUGAAAACGAAUCAGACUAUGAUUCAAAUGUCGAGUUAGUGAAACCAGAAAUGUUUGACUGUCGUUUGGCUCGAUAUUACACAUCUUCCAAUACAUGGAAAAACAGUGAUAUUGACCUUUUUUUCUAUGGACUCUCUGAAGAACAAGCAGAGAACAAGAUUAUUGAAAUUUUUAACUUGUUUAAGAAGAAUUUAAAGAAAAUUCCCCAUCAAUUUUACAAGGUACCCUCUUUGGGUAAAUUUACCAUUGACGACAUUGUCACAUUCAGAACUGAACAUGCUAUCACUUUUAGAUUUAACAAUCCCAUUCGACCCGUUCAGAUCAUUUUACGUAUCUACAAGAAUCCAGCUGAAAUAUUAAUGGGCUUCGAUGUACCAAGUUGUUGCUUUGGUUUUGAUGGAAAUCAAUUGUAUUGUUUACCACGAGCAAAGGAAGCUAUAAGAAUGAGAUGUAAUUGGGUCGAUCCAGACCGACAAUCCACAACGUAUGAAGUGAGACUUGUGAAAUAUGCAAUGAGAGGUUUUAGGAUUGGUGUUCCUGGUUUUUCUUUCAAAAAAGUAAGAGACCCAAUAUUUGUUCGACCAGACAAGUUACGAGUGUUCUGUGCUAGAAAUUCGAAAGCUGGAAUAGCCAAAUUCACAGGACUUGCCAAGAUCUUGAUUAUGAGAUUGACGUAUCGAUGUCCCUUUGUUCAUUCCAUAUUGCAGAGGGCCAUGACAAGAGCACAAGUUUCCAAAGCAAGGGAUAUUCUCAAACCGAAUGAAAAUCAUGACUAUGCUCAAGUGUCCUUUGUAAGAACGAGACGUGAACGAGCAAUUAGUAUUUCACGUGAUUGGUCAAAACGAGAAGCUCGUUUACAAUACGUGAUACAUGAACUACACAAACAACCCUUCUUUGUUCAAACGUUGAAUGAUAUUGAUGGAAUUUUGAACAUCACACAUUGUAAGGAAUAUGCUCUGCCUCAAAAAAUCAAAUGGAUCACCAUAGAGCCAGGUCGACAAUAUGUUGGUAGUUUCCACCCAAGCACCAUUAAUUUCUUUGCAGAUGCUUAUUCAAAAGCAGCUACUUGUGUCUGGAAGAGCAAAUAUGUAUGGGAAUGGCGUAAAGACAACUCAACAUAUGAAAAACAACAAUUUGAUGUUGAUACGAGUUGUGAACUCGAAAGACGGUUUAAAAAGUUUUUUAAGGAAGAAACAUUGUCAAAAAAGCAUUCUCCAACUCGAUACUACCGCAUCAAUGAGUAUCAGUAUGUUGACUUGUUGAAAAUGGUACUUGUUGACAAAUCUGGACCAGUGGAAAAGAAAAAAGCUGUACAGCGAAGACGAACAGCACGUAAAUUGGUGAAAAAGAGCGUUCGGACCGAACACAAACAUCGUUCCCUUAGCAAAGAACCACAGGAAAAUGAAAUUGUGGAAGUUUCCAGUGAUGACAGUGAUGUCGAACACUUUCCAGAAUUAACACAAAACAAGCUCAGUGGUGUUUUCUUUUUUUAA